GUCUACGUCAUUCUCAUCUUCAAAAGGGAGCUUGUUGGAAGAGCCUGAUUCUUAAAAAGAGAAGCUGGCAAAGAGUUUAUAAUGUACUUUAUGGAUCAAAGAAAAAUGCUCUUGAUUAUGUUAAAUGGGUGAAGGAUGACAAACGUUUUUAUAUGCUGGUCCAGAGAUUGUCAUCAUCACGGGGGCAUACUUUUCCAAGAUUCAAGCUGCAGUAUAAGCCCUCUUUGUAGCGGCAGGUCACACAAAAUGAUGCACUUUGUCCCUACAUGUUGUAGUUGGUGUUUUCUGCAUUGCCGGCUACCUCAGGGAUAAUUACUUGAAAGGAUUCCUUUUCUUCACGAUGCGUCUGUGUUAAAGGACUCUUAAGCUUUUGUUAAAGGACUUCAUGGAUAUGUGUUCCAUAGUAGCCUUCUAUGCUCAGGAUAUGCCUUCUUCGACAUCAAAAGGAUAGAUUUGGGUGUGUUUACAAGAGUGAGCUGACUCUGUCAAAAUCACUUUGUAUUGUUGCUUCUUUACUUCUCCAUAUAACUUGAUACUUUGUCCCAGAGAUCACCUUGUUUGAUUUUCCCUCUUAGUUUUGACCAGUUAUAGAGCGCUCACAAUUCAGUCAAAAAAACAACUUCUACUUUCUUCUAGUUUUGAUCUGCUAGUCUAUGAUAAGAUUCUUCAGUGUGCUGCAUCCAGGAGAUUCUGUAUCUCGUAAUUUUAAUAGUUUCAUUCUGUUUAGUUCUUUGCCAGAUGCAUCCUUCCAAUAUUGUAUCAUUCUUCGGGCUUGGAACAGCGGCUACUAGCAUUACUUCCAGGUGGUGGAGGGGCCUAUGGGUGUCUUCUGUCUACUAAUCUCAACUUCGCCUGGGGUUGGUGUCAACUUCACUGAUGUUUUCGAGUCCAGCUGGGCACCUGACCAUAUUGCUGCUGUAGGAGACCAAGUUACUCUCUCCCUUGACAAUGCUUCUGGCUGCGGAUUUGAGUCGAAGAUCAAAUAUUUGUUCGGGAAAGCCAGCGCACAGAUCAAACUAGUUGAAGGAGAUUCUGCUGGAACAGUCAUUGCAUUUUAUAUGUCAUCAGAAGGAGUUAAUCAUGACGAACUGGACUUUGAAUUUCUGGGAAAUGUUUCAGGGGAACCAUACCUAGUACAAACAAAUGUAUACGUGAAUGGCACCGGAGAUCGAGAGCAGAGGCACGGUCUGUGGUUCGAUCCAACAGCAGACUUUCACACUUACUCUUUCUUCUGGAAUCAUCAUUCUAUCAUCUUUUCAGUUGAUGAUAUUCCAAUUAGAGUGUUUAAAAACAAGGAGAAAAAAGGUGUUCCAUACCCGAAAAAUCAAGGGAUGGGAAUCUAUGGAUCAUUGUGGAAUGCAGAUGACUGGGCUACACAAGGAGGGAGAGUGAAGACCAACUGGAGCCACUCUCCAUUUGUUACAACAUUUCGAUCGCUCGAGAUCGAUGCUUGUGAUUUGUCUGGUGAGGACUCAAUUGCUGCAGGUGCAAAAUGUGGCAAGUUAGCACAAUUUUUUUGGGAUAAACCAGCCAUGAAGGGGCUAGAAAAGAGCAAAAAACGCCAAUUCAAAAUGGUUCAAUCUAAGUACUUGGUGUAUGAUUAUUGUAAGGAUACUGCAAGAUUCACUCAAAUGCCUAAAGAGUGCUUGUACUAGAGACACCAACAUUAUUCUAGCAAUGUCAAUGUCUCGAUACUGCAGUUUUUG